UUUGCAACCAUGGCGGAACCACCCAGUAUGCCAGAAUACACGGAGCCUAAUCCUCCCGACUCGAUGAGUGAGACUCUUCCAGACAUAGAUGAAGUGAUCAAGAUAAUGGAACAGGGGACUCGGGCCUGCAUAUUUGAUUUAGAAAAACGACCGGAGGAUAAACUGCUCAUGAUACGAAGGAACACCAGGCAAAUCAUUUGGAGAAGAUAUGCUAAUCUUCGCUCGUACGAUGGUUCCGUCGAGUUCAGAGAUAUCAAAGAGAUCAGAAGCGGCAGGUGCUCCAAGGAUUUUGAAAGAUGGCCCUCUGAAACGAAAAAAAUGAAACCAGUGCGAGCUUUUGUUAUCUACUACGGAUCUAAGUUCCUCCUUAAAACAAUAUCUGUAUACGUGUCUACUGAAAGAGACCGUUUAAUUUGGGAGUUCGGUCUGCAGUGUAUGGUGAGUGAUACCAAGAAAGCUUCCUCCGCCGCGCUGUUUCACAGUUGGUUGGAAAAAGAAUUUUAUGAAAUGCAAAGCCCACUAGGAACAAUGGAGUUCAAAAAUCUGAAGGUAUUUUUAUCACGACACAAUUGUAAUCUUUCCACCCCGAACCUUAAGGAAGUUUUUGAUGAAUUUGAUCCAGAAGAUAAAGACGAAAUGAAGUUUGACACUGUUGUUAAAAUGUAUCACAAAUUAUUGUCCGAUCACGAAAAAUUCACGGGUUACGACCGAUUGCUUGGUUAUUCGGAAAACGGAGAAAUCAUUACUGUCCAAGAGUUCCACAAAUUUUUGAACGAAGAACAGAAAGAUCCAGUGACGGAUGAAGCAGAGGUUGCCCGAUUUAUUACAGAAUACAUUCACGAAUUACGAAAAGAUGAAGAAACGCCUCACUUAACGAUGACGGAGUUUUUCGAGUUUUUAUUUUCCAAGGAAAAUGAAAUUUGGGAUACGAAGAAUGAUACUGUUACACAGGAUAUGACUCAACCAUUAUGCCAUUACUGGAUCGCCUCGUCGCAUAACACGUACUUAACUCGCGACCAAUUGCUCGGCGAAAGCAGCUGCGAAUCUUACGCUCGAGCUCUGAGAUCAGGCUGCAGAUGCAUCGAGCUGGAUUGUUGGAAUGGAUCGGAUGGAAUGCCUGUCAUUUAUCACGGACAUACGGCAACGCCAAAAAUCAAGUUUCUCGAUGUGAUAAACACCAUCAAGGAUCAUGCCUUUGUUACUUCCGAUUACCCAGUCAUCCUCUCGAUCGAGGAACAUUGCGAUCUGUAUCACCAACGCAAAAUGGCGUCUAUCAUGCGAAAAGUGUUCGGCAAAAUGCUCCUAACGAAACGUAUCACCAGAGUCGAGAUGGAGCUUCCGUCUCCAGAAAUGCUUCGCGGAAAAAUAAUAGUGAAACACGGAACACUUUCGGAUCGCACGGAACAGAAACUAGCGGUAAAGCAACCAAUUCCCGACGAAGUUGAGCAGGAAAUCGACCUCAGGAAUACCAUAAAAAGUGGAAUUUUAUACCUCGAAAAUUCAUUUGAGAAAACUUGGAUUCCGCAAUUUUUCGUCCUGACUGAACAGAAGUUGUACUACACUGACAUAGUUUUGAAAAAUUCGGAAACAAAUGUGGAAGAAGAAGAAGUCGGUUCGACACCCCGAGCAUCUGGAGACGUGCCAAACGAGGAAUUACACUACGGGGAGGAAUGGUUCCACGGGACGUUGAGCAAAGGAAGACAAGAGGCAGAAGAGCUGCUCAACCGCUUUUCGAACCUCGGAGAUGGGACGUUUUUAGUGAGGCAGAGUGGAGUCUUCGUGGGUGAUUACUGUCUCUCGUUUUGGCAUGGGGGAAAACCAAACCACUGCCGCAUCAAAUCGAGACAAGAGGGGAACCGAACAAAGUUCUACUUUAUGGAUACCAUAUGUUUUGACGAUCUUUAUAGCCUCAUAGUAUACUACAGGACCCACCCGCUCAGAACCCAACAACGAUUAACGAUUUUGCUAACUCAACCAGUCCCUCAGCCGAGUAAACAUGAAGAGAAGAAUUGGUGGCAUCCUGAAUGCACUCGUGAAGAAGCUGUAAAGCUUCUGAUAGGAGUUUACCUUGACGGAGUAUUUUUAGUUAGAAGAAGUGAGAUAGAACCCCAAACAUAUGUUGUAUCAUUCAGAGCAGACAGAAAGAUCAAGCACUGUAGGAUUAGCGUGGAGGGUCGCCUUUACACUAUUGGGGUAUUCCAGUUCGAAAGUUUGGUUGAUUUGAUUGGUUACUACGAACAUCAUCCACUUUACAACAAGACUAAACUCUCUCAUUCUGUUACCCAGUGUCAAACAAUGUUGAAUCAAGCGGGCGUGAAUGCAGAGUUUGCAGCCCUUUGCUCGGCUGGAUACAUGGAUCACAGUUAUUUCGCAGCAACGGUAACGGUCAAAGCGAUUUAUGAUUAUAUAGCGAACCGAGACGACGAAUUGACAUUUUCGAAAGACGCGAUAAUUACAAACGUCAACCGCAAAGACGGAGACGGAGGCUGGUGGCGAGGAGAUCAUGGAGGAAAAAAGCAGCUACUAUUCCCUUCUAACUUUGUUGAGGAUUUUGAACCCGACGUUAAUCACGAUGAAUCGCCUGAAAUGAUAAUAGUAGCAAAUCUUCAAAAAGGAUCCCUUGAUAUUAUGGGCGCAGAGGUGACUUUCAUACCACGAGAACGGCCAGGAGUUAGUGGCAUUAUUAAAGUAAGAAAGCCGAAAGUACCCUAUGCAGCUUUUGAAUUAGCUGCGUUAUCAGAUGAUUCUGCAAAGGAGUGGAUGAAGUGCCUAAAAGAAGCAGUGAAACACGCCGGCGCUAAGCAAAAGAAACGUAACGCAAUGGAGCAAAAAAGAAGGAUUGCAAAGGAAAUGUCAGAUCUCACAAUAUAUUGUUGUACCGUUUCAUUUGACAAGGAGUCAAUAACCCAAAAAGGAUUUAUUUGCCACCAAAUGAGUAGCUUCCAGGAAACAAGAGCUCAGAAGCUGAUAUGUACUCUGGAAAAUAAAUUUUUUCUCAAGUAUCACCAGUUUCAACUGAGCAGAGUGUACCCAGCAGGAUUACGAUUUGCUUCGUCAAAUUAUAAUCCGGUUCCCCUGUGGAAUUCAGGAAGUCAAUUGGUUGCCCUGAACUAUCAAACCGGGGAUAAGUACAUGCAACUAAACCAGGGAAAGUUUCGAGAAAACGGCAAGUGCGGAUAUCUUUUGAAGCCCGAAUUCAUGAAGAGGGAUGACUUUGAUCCGUAUGACAAGGAUACGCUGAACGACAUAGACACUCUGAAACUUAAGCUGAUAAUCAUAGGCGCGAGGCACUUAAGGCAAUUGCCGAAAGGACUCGGUUGCCCUUCAGUCGAAAUUGAAGUUAUCGGUGCCGAUUUUGAUACCGGGCCUCACAACAAAUACACAACACAGAUUGUAGAGAACAAUGGCUUCAAUCCAAUAUGGGAUGAACAGUGCGAAUUUGAGGUAGCUAAUCCAGAUUUUGCUAUGUUGCGAUUCCUUGUUCACGAUGAAAGUGUGUUUGGAGAGGGUAUUUUCAACGGCCAGGCUACAUAUCCGGUUCGAUGUUUGAGAACAGGUUUCAGAAGUGUGCCAUUGCAGAAUAAAUUCAGCGAAGAGGUGAAAUUUGCUUCCCUAUUAGUUCAUCUCACCAUUGAAGUUGUAAAGAAACCUGAAAUAAUAAGAACCAACUCCGUUACGAGCGGGAUAUAUGAGAGUGCUCUGGACUUGAAUAACAUAACUGAGAACGGAAGUAUAUCGGAAUCAAAUCCCGAUUCUUCACUUUUCUACUAUUCCGUUGGAAGCAACUCCUCCCAGAUCGACUUAGAUAUGACUGGUCACAGUCAGAUUCUUAUACCGUAGAAGAUUUCCAGUAAUAAGCAUCGAAGCUCAAGAUCGUGAUGGCAACUUGAUUGUGGAAAGGGACGUCUGAGUCAUGACCAUCUGAAGAAGAGUCUGUACUGCGUAAUAAGUGUCAUUAAUUAUGUAUGCAAAUAUUUCACACAGCGGUGUCGACACCUUGGUUAUUAGAGUAGUUCACCUUGGCACGUUGAUGCUUACCAAGUAAUCGAUGUCAGAGGAAUAUUGUGCCAAGUGUGAAGUACAAUAUUUGACAACUCAUUCGAGAGUU